AUGGAGAAGAAGACAGUACAGAGUAAAAUAGUUACGUUGGAGAAGUUACCUGUGUGGUACAGAAGGUACGGUAACAGUAGAAUAAAGACCGGCUACUUUUACUAUACUAACGCAACUUACUUGGGCUGUCUGCAGAAACUUGUUAAGUUCAACAAUGAUAGCAUCUCGAUAUAUAUGAAUCUAGUAUGCGGACUGAUAUCAGGUGUUAUGCUUUUGUUCUAUACAGAUGUGAGACUCAUACCUUCGCACCCAUCCACUACUAUGACAGAUUAUAUAAUCAUAAACCUGUUUCUGAUGGCUACUACUACAUAUUUUGCUACCAUGACGUUGGGUCAGUUGCUUAAAGGGCACUCUGAGUACCAAGGGAAGUUAUGGAAUCAAGCAAAACAGCUGGCGUUGGUGCUGCUUUUGACAUGUUCCAUAGUAACUCUACUAUAUUAUGCGUUUUUUGACCAUGUGUUUUUGUUCAAGUUGUUUGUUAUUUGGACAUGCUUAUUGAUGUCCAUUACUUCAAUUGUGAUUAUCAAUGAUCAAUACAAGAGAGUGCAGAAAUUAAGCUGUGUUGUUAUAUUUGGUGUCUUGAGUAUCUCUCUGCCUAUUGCAGUCUCCAUCAUAAAGUUCGGACUAUUCGAUAGCUAUAAAAAACAGAGAAUACCUUUCCAGGUGUUGACUUGGGAAAUUGUUUUGUACUCUCUAUCGGCUAUGCUCCAACUAACAAGACUUCCAGAGUUGACGCUUUCUACUUUGGGUGAUUCCUUUUGGAUAGUAGAUUACUUGGGUAAUUCAGAUCAAGUGUCACAACUGGUAACAAUAUUCGCAAUUAUAGUACACUUCAACACAAUUAUAUUCGCCUAUGAAGUGGUCCAUGCUAGUAUCCAUGUACCACCAAUGAUAUCUUUCAAGUAA